UGGCUGCAGACAAACUUGCAUUGUGUUGCAGACGAGAAUGGAUUUGACGGAAGGCUCCGCGCUCGGCGUGUUCAGCUGCGAGCUGUGCGAGGUUUCCUGCCCAUACAGCUUUUACGGACAGAAGCCGCCAAACACCAGAGCCAUAGUGCUCUUGGAGGAAUGUUAUGGCAUAAAGGACCCUUUCAGCCCAGAGAGAGAGAAGUUUGUGAUUUUGGGAUCCAAGUGCUCUCUGUGCAGCAAGACCGUGUGUGUGGGCACGGAAUGCAGUUUGUUCUACACUAAACGCUUCUGUUUGCCCUGCGUGCGGGAUCACCUUCACCAGUUUCCAGAGCAGGUUCAGAAUGAGCUGCUGAGGAAGAAGAGCACGUCCUCUUGAUGUUUGUUUGAUGUCAUUUUUAUCCAGUUAUUAUCCUAAUAUGUACGUUGUCUGACAAAAUCCCUGUGAUUUGCAUGUUUUGAUGUGCUGCCUUUUAUGAAGCCAGUUUGAGCAGCAGAGCAUCUGUUGAACGCCACCGUUUCUGGUGUUUGCAGUAAUGCAUAUGACUAAAUGUGUUGUAGGAAACAAGUAUGAAAUAAACAGUGUGGAUAAGAGAA